AUGACAGACAACGACGACGUUGACAACAAAGAGCAACAGCUUCACCCACCCCCAGUCCAGAGACUCCCCAAUGAAUGUCUCUAUCUCAUCGUGAACCACGUCUGGGACGACCUCAGGACGCUACACACCCUCCUUUUCGUCAACCGCUUUUUCUUCCACGCGGCCUUACCAAAAAUCAUGGACCAUCCCUUAGAGACUUGGCAGAUGACCCUUUUCGAACCCGAGUAUGUUACCAACUCGGAGAAACUCUUUGUCCUCGUCCUGACCUCUUUAUUACACCACCAACAACGCCUGACAGGAUGGGACGCUGUCUCGAUUCUGGAAGAUUUUGGUCUUCAAUUGGUUACCCCGGUCGAGUUCCCGUCACUUAAGCCCUUUCUUCCAGUGACACAAGAUGGGUUGGUCCAGGAGCAAGAGGAGAAGGGGAACCCCAUGACAGUCGAUUACUCGAAAUACUUGACGGUCCUCGACAACUAUCAGUGGCAGUACAUCGAGUUUAGCCGUUUUAUUCGCCUUAUCAAGAUGCCGGUAUCAAUGCAGGAUACACUGCAGAUCCAGCAAGGGACAGAUGAACCUUCAGACCAAACAGCAACAGCAGUAGAAGAUGACCAGGAAGGCGAGCAUACAGAGGACCAACAACAGUUACACGACUACAAGGAUCUCGUCCGCGAGGGCAUCGCCCAGAUGAUGCUCCACUACAAUGUCGAGUGUAUCACCGAGUUCUCGUUCCAUGUCUCCGAGGCUCUCAAGAACCUGCCAAUUGCAUCCAAACUCGCCAAACUACGGUACCUCAAUGUUUACCGGGACGAAUCGUUACCCAGCCAGCACCUCCAAGACACCAUCGCUUUUAUUCAUCUCAACAAAAAGUCCUUUCCUCGGAAACCAUGUCUCCAACUCGGGUUCGACUAUGGAUGGAGCAAUUACGACAACAGUGAGUUCACCUCUAUCAAGGAGUCUCGGAGCGCCAUGUUCAACCUCAUGAAGCCCAAUUUACUGCUCUAUGAGGCCGCCGGUGAACCGGAGGACUUGAAGAUUGGGCACAUUCCAGGAUUCUACGGUCUGGCGGAAAAUAUUAGCGUGGAGCGUCUAUUUCGGUUGGACGAUGAUGACCAAUUCAGGAUUGAUAUGGGAGAGGGUCCGGACAUGGAGGCAUUCCUCAGUAGAUGUCAUCGUCUGGACAUGAUCAGAAUGGAGGUUGGUCACCCUUACCUCCUCUCUUGGGCAGCCCAGCGUGCAAGAGAUCAUCCUUCGUCCAAUCUCCUGCCAGCGCUGGACGAUCUGUCUCUUUGGUCGGACCGCCCCUACCGCUUCACUAUCCACGUGCUCAAUGACAGCAUGGCAGCAUUCGCAAAGUCGCUCAGAAAUGUCCACAUCAGCAACAGGCACACGUUCCGAAAUCGUGGCCAGGAACCGAAUCCAUGGGUGCUGCAGCAGGAUAUGGAAAAGUCCCGUCUAAUUCGAACUGCCCCACUGGCCAAUGGUAUCGGAGAUUGGCCAUCCCCUCUCCCUCAGCUGCGGUCGUUGACGAUUGAUCUGAAUUGUACUUCGACCAUUCAAAUUGGCUCACUCGAUCAGUGUUUUAACUUGGAGAAUCUGGAACUCAGAUUCGGCGCCAUUGGAGAAGCACCUCGGGCGACUGCACCCGACGACAGCGACCCUGAAGCAGAUCCUCGUCGCCAGGCACCACUGGACCCCAGACUGUUCCCCAAGUGGACGCUUCCAAAACUCAAGACUUUGCACCUGGACGGCACUCCUGCCUUGCGCUUCGAUUACGAUUCACUGGGGACGAUGCCAGACCUGGAGACCUUGAGCUUGAGCUGCAACAAGAAAGUGGAUCUCGAGAACAGACUCCAGGACAUCCCCCGCCUUUCUCUACAUACCAGUCAUUUCUACUCCGCCUCGAUACCGCAGGAAACAGGAGCUGAGACUUCUUCUGCGGAAUCCACCCAGGAUAUCUCUACAACUUCCAAGGGUGGGAUCUGGACAAGAACAUGGACACUGCCUAAACUGAAGGCUUUGGAGAUGGAGGGACCGCCCGCGGCAGUGUUUACCCUUGACUGGCUCAAGGGCUGCCCUAGUCUCACAUCGGUCACUCUGAGCCUACAUCUCGACGGAUCACCCCAGCGCCUGCCUCGUAUCGCCUACUCUCCCGCUACAUAUGCACUUUCGCCGACGAUCGAGAAGUAUGGCAGUGAUCGUCCAGAGGCGACCGCCGCCGCCGCCGCUGUUGUCGAUGAAGACGACGAUAGUGGAGUGUUCAAGGAGAGCAAACUGGAGCGACUGCACCUCAAGGGACCCUGGGCCAUUACGGCAUCGGAUCUCACGGCGCUCAUGACGGAUUAUGCACCCUACUUGCAGACGCUGUCGCUCAACAGGAUUCAGAACCGGUAUGGGAUGUCUGUCGUCACCUUUAUACAAGCAUUCCGAGAUGCGGAUGAAAUCUGUCGGAGGCGGUAUGGUGAGGAUUGGGAUGCGCGACCUGGAGAUGUUGCUGAUUUUGAAGACUGGCACGAAGAUACCAAUGAGAGAGAAGGCAAGGGCGAGGGCGAUGACGACGCAGGAUCGGGAUCUGAUGCGCCAGAGGACUGUCAAGGUUUAGCUGUCGGAUUGACAGCAACCCCUGAUGCUGAUUCUCUCCCUACCAAACCACUUCCAGGUCGAUCGCUUCUUACUGUCGAGGCAAACUACACGAUUGGCAAGCGACGGAGACCGCAGGCGGGGAUCGAGAUAAUUGAUAGUAACGAUGCGGAUGAUUAUCGCAGGUGUGGACUUCGAGUGUACAGCUUCUCGAAGGAGUGUUUUGUCGACAAGUAUGACAAGGCGUGGUUCUCCAGGAACAAAGGCAGUGGGUUGGUGGACCGGUUUGGAGUGAAGAAAUAA